UCUUUUAUCGCUAACUUGUGUGCUUUUUCGUGUAUAUUUGUUUACUGUAAAUUAAAUUUUAUAAUUGGAAAAUAAUGUUAUCGAAAACCGCAGUUGUUGCUGCUGGAGUAUGUGGUACAUUGUUUCUUGGGUAUUGCAUAUAUUUUGACCGAAAACGCCGCAGUGAUCCCAAAUUCAAAGACAUUUUAAGGGACAGACGAGCUAAGGCACUUUUACAAAAGAAGCAAGCAGACAGAAAUUCGAAGAUCCAGUUGCCUAAUUUAAAAGAUUAUGAUUCUGUGCAAAAGUUCUUCAUUCAAGAAGUUCAACUGGGAGAAGAACUCCUGUCACAAGGUGAUUUGGAAAAUGGAGUGGAACAUCUUAGUACUGCUGUGGCAGUUUGUGGAGAGCCAGCUCAUCUGGUAGAAAUUUUAGAGCAACAACUUGCUCCUCAUGUUUUCGCAAUGUUGAUGCAAAGGCUUCCUGUUAUCAGUCGGAGAAUUGUAUCGAAUAUGACUGCUCGUCGUAUGCAAGAAGAAGAUGUUGAAUAGAGAAUUAUUUUAGUCUAAAAUAUAUUUUUCAUUAUCAUUGUAGAGCGUUCAAGUAAUUCAAUUGCUAAAGCUGGACUAAAAUGUAUAUAUGAAAUAUGCUUAUUGCAAUUACUCAUGCACUCAGAAGAAAUUAAACCAAAGUUUGUUAC